GCGAAAUUUUUCCUUUCUUGUUAACCCGCGUGUGUGCUAGUAAAUCGACCAACGACGUGUGUGGUAUAUGGUAGAUGGACCUUGUCGACUGCAGGCGACAGCAACGACGCUACAUACAUAUGUACUUUAUGCACGUACACAUGUGCAAAGGCGCCGCGAGUCAGUUUCACAUGCACGUUGACGCUAUGUACCUCGGUGAAAAAACACAUACACACAAUAUGUAAGAUUAGUGCAGAAAGCAGCGGCCUUAUCCCGUCGAUGACGAUAAGCGGCAACGUUGUGGCUGAUUGACACAUUGUAAUGGUUGUUACUCGAUGUUCAAGCAAACGUUUUUUCAGUGGCUUAAAGGGCGCAACUGCUUAGUUCCUCCCGUGAGUCUGUCUGUUUUCUGUCUCUGUCUAGGACAGGUGUGUGUGACGUUGACAGGUGGUUGAAUGCAGUCGACACUCCCUUUAUCCUCUCCACCCAAAAAAUAAGUUAUCUAUUUGCAUCAUGUUUGCUAAUUUGAAGAAUAAAAUCAAAGAAGAAAUUGGCAGUGACGUGUCCACUGUUGUCAGAAAUGCUGGGACUGUUCGUACACUCAAUAACAGACAUUUCUCUAAGACUGGUUCAACUAGCAGUGUUAGUGGUUCCCAGGUUUCACUGGAUGGAUCCAGAGAAGACAACGCAUCUCCCUCACCCUCUAGUCGUUUAAAGAGAGAAAACAGUUUUGAAUUGAAGCUUGUUGAUGGAACAUCAUUGAACUCAAAGGAUAUUAAACGAUUGGAAAGCAGAGAAGAUGAGUGGAGGAAAAGAUUACAGAAAAAAGAAACUGAAAUGCUUAAGAGAAUGGAGAAAAAGGAAGAGGAGUUUAGAAUAAAAAUACUUGAGAAAGAAAAAGAAUGGAAGAAACAUGUUGAAAAACACGAGAAAGAAAAAGCCAAACUGGUUCAGGAUAGAUUGAAAGCUGAAAGUGUAAUAAAUUCCCUUGAAGUAGCUCUUAAUGAUGCUGGAGAAUACAAAAAAAAACUCUACAGUUUUCAAGAAAAUGCAGAACAAAUGGAAGGAUUUCAAACACAAGAAAUGGCCAAAAUAAAGCAUCUAUUACUUGCAAAAGAACAGGAACUCAAAGAUAAGUCUCAGCGUCUUAAAAAUGCAUGCAGAGAAAUAGAAAAUUUGAAAACUGAAUUAUCAAAGCUAAGGAGAUACGAAGAUGAACGAAAUAGCGUACAAGAUGAAAUGGAAUCGUUGAGGCAUUCAACACAACGUGAACGAGCUCAAAUGUCUAGUCAAUUAGCUCAAACCGAGGAAGAAGUACGCCAUCUCCGAGACAAAGUAUUCGUCCUCGAGCAAAGAGCAAUUGCGGCAGCUGAUCAAGUAACAGUCGAUGACCGAAUAGCUGACUUGAUGCGCGAGAGAAUGCUUCUAGAGCGAAAACUCGAGGAGACUCACCUCCACCUGUCAGAUAUCAAGACCAGCUGGUCUGGUAAAAUAUCGAGUCUAGAGACUCAAGUAGGCAGAUUGAGCAGGCAGGCAGGUGAAGAAGGUUUGGAAAGGAGACGAGUCGAGCAAGAAAAUGAUUCGUUGAAACAGAGAAUCAAGGAUCUCGAGGUCGAAAUCGAGGUGAACAAUGUCGUAAUGGUAACGAAAGAUGCUAAGCUUUUGCGUAUGGCUGAGGACAUUGACGAGAUGGCAACAGAGUUAAAAGAGCUCAGAGCCAACGUAGAUGAUGAGGUCGAGGAGUUCAAACGACAAGUCGAAAACUCGUCUCAGGAAAUCGAACAAACACAGUUACGUUUGGAAGAGGCUCAAAGCGCAAUUACAACGAAAGAAACUGAAUUAUGCGAAAUGAACUCGAAGUACGAAACGGAAAAAUCAAAAAAUUUACUUCUACAGUUAGAAAAUGAGAGAUUAAAAAGAGAAUUAGAAUCUGAAAAAGAAAACAAAACUAACAUAAAUAUGAGUUUGGAAAAAGAGAGAACUGAGAAGGAUUCUGCGUUACUUAGAACGGCGCAAAUUUCUCAAGAAAUUCAAAUUGCAAAACAAGAAACUAAAACUCAAGAGUUGGAAAAUAUGGAAUUACAAACGCAAUUGGAGAAUAUGGAGGAUAUUUUGAGAAAUAAGUGCAAAGAUGUCGACGACAUCACGAGAAAAUUGGAUGAUGCUUUAAAAAGGAUUGAAGAUUUUGAGCAAAUACAAUCUGAUACUGAAACUCUGCAAGGAAAUGAAAAAGCGUUGAAAACAAACUUGUCGGAUUUGGAAGAGCAGUUAAGUGAAAAAAAUAAGACCAUCAAGAUACUUCAACAGCGAUUAGCAGACAUGAAAAAAACUCUUCAGAGAGAAUUAAGAGUUCCUUCAUCUUCGCUAGAUAGCGAUGCUGAGCAAUCUGCGGCCAUUCUUAAUCCCAGUUCAUCAAAAACAGUUUCUGCCAAGCAAAACAAUGUGAAAGAAGAGGACGUCAAUUUUAAAUACCUCAAACAUGUUCUUAUUAAGUUUCUCACCAGUCGAGAAUACGAGGCAUUACAUUUGACGAGAGCAGUGGCGACGCUCCUACACUUUUCCCCAGAAGAGGAGAGACUACUGCAAGAAACGUUAGAAUGGAAAAUGUCUUGGUUUGGCACUAAACCCAAUCUGGGCAUUGGUCAAACAGCAAAAGCCAUUCCUCCAAGCUGAUAGUGGAUCACCUCUUAUAUUUAGCUUAACGGCAUUCUUCAAUUGUUAUCCACUCUUUCAAGUGAGAGAAAAGUAAUCUCGUAAUUGUGGCAAGAACAUAUCUCCGAUUGAUAGAGGUGAUAUGUUUGUGAUUGGUUAAAAAUUACAAUUAAAAUUUAGUAAACAGUUUAACGUGUUAAAUUGUUAUUUUUAUAAUAAGGAAAACCAUUCCAAUGAACAGUUUUCAUCAGUCAAUAUUGAACGUCGGUUGUUGCUUACAUAGCGUUUAGUAUGAUUUAUACUUUGAGCUCGCGCGAAUGAUAAAUAUAUAGUAAGUGUUUUCAGAUCAGUGUGCAGAUGUGUAACUUAUUAAUUAGUAAAGUUGAUGCAGUGAUAUAAUUUUUACUUAUUAAUUACUGUGAAAAUUCCAUGCCAUAAUUGUAAAUAUUUAAUGAAAAAUGCAUGAAAUGAAUUAUAAUUUUACUUCAUGGACAUUAUGUUAGCUAAUGUUGAAAAAGAAAAUUUUAUGCUCGAAAAUAUCAUAGUAUUAUAGAUAUAUAUAGGAAAAUUUUUAGAAAAAAUCUUUAUAGAGGAAAUUAACAAUACAACUUAUAGUUCUUUUUUCAGUAAUGUGCAGUGUCGCAUUUUCUUAGCUUUGAUGAUUGAAAACUAAUCGAAUAUCCUUUGAAAAGUUCAAAAAUAAGAAGAAAUGUGAUAUCAAUUAUUACUAUAAUAAAGUAGCAAAACAAAAUACUAUAAAGGAUUGUGUAUCAAAUAAAUACACGGACAUGAUUUAAAUCGAUCUUUAUUUACAUACAACAAAAAUGUCAACAAAUCACUCACAUUCAGUCUUACCUUACAUACUGUGAUUUUUCUAAUGCC